GCGGAAAGGCGGUUCUUCCGGUUGCUUUCCAUUAUAUACCUCAAAUGUUGGGGUCCGACAAAUGGCAACAGCGUCAUGCUGCACUUAUGGCAAUUUCAGCAAUUGGCGAAGGAUGUGUUAAGAUCAUGGAAGCUGAGUUAGGAAAAAUCAUUGAACUGGUCUUACCGUAUCUUCGAGAUCCGCAUGCUCGUGUUAGAUAUGCCGCAUGUAAUGCUAUUGGUCAAAUGUCAACUGAUUUUCAGGAUACACUUCAAAAGAAGUUUCAUAAUAUUGUCUUAACUAAUUUGAUUCCCGUAAUGGGAGCUCCAGAACCAAGGGUUCAGGCUCAUGCUGCGGCCGCAUUAGUAAAUUUCUGUGAGGCUGCUGAUAAAUCAAUUCUCGAGCCAUAUUUGGAUACUAUUUUCGAAAGACUUUUGGUCCUUCUCAAUUCAGGAAGAACUUAUGUGCAAGAGCAGGCUAUUACAUCCAUAGCUACUGUUGCUGAUAGUGCCGAAGACAGAUUUGUUAAGUACUAUAGUUCCAUUAUGCCCUUAUUGAUAAGCGUAUUGAGAAAUGCAACCCAAAAAGAAUAUCGAUUAUUAC